AUGGCAGCCCUUCAGUGCUUCGAAGCUGCGGCUCGUCACUUGAGCUUUACUCGAGCAGCCGAAGAGCUACAUCUCACCCAAAGCGCUGUUAGCAAGCAGGUUGCCCAGCUAGAAGAAAUGUUGCGUCACCACCUUUUCCACCGCGUACGGCGACGCCUCCAGCUCACUCCCGCCGGUGAGCUUUACCUUGCAGAAGUCGACAAAAUAUUGACCCAGGUAGACAUGUCGAGUCGGUACAUUCUUUCGUACGGAGGCGAGACCGAAGUCCUUCGGGUGGCAACCCAACCCACCUUUGGCGCACGCUGGCUAGUGCCAAAUCUAAAGGGGUUCAGUAAAAGAUUUCCCAAUAUCCAUCUCGACAUUCGCAGCGAACUUGAGCCUUUCGACCUUCUAAAAGCAAAGGCGGAUAUCGCUUUUUUCUUCGGUCAGGGCUCGUGGCCAGGAGCUGUUUGCACAAAGCUUUUCGGAGAAGAUGUUGUUCCUGUGUGCGCCCCAGAGGCACUUGCCCAUAAAUCGAUCAAGAGCGCAGCCGAUUUAACUGACCUUGUCCUUCUGCAAUGCACCUCUCGACCUGAGGCUUGGCACGAAUGGUUUCUUGAGCAAAAUCUCCAUACCGAAAACAGCUAUCACGGCCCACGCUUCGACACGUUCUACAUGUGUAUACGCGCUGCCCAAGCUGGUUGCGGAGUAGCUCUGGUACCGAAAUUCCUUGUCACUGAUGAGAUCGCAGAAAAGAAAUUAGUCGUUGCUUGGGACUAUUCCGUCCAUAGCACCGGAUCACAUUUCAUGGCCUAUUCAGAGCACGCGGCUGACAUUCCGAAGAUACGAAAUUUUGUCGAGUGGGUAGUGGAGCAAGCCAAGCUCGGGAACUACCCAAUU